UGGUAGUGCUUGGAUUUUUGUGGCUAGGUGGCUAAUCCAGCUCAUUGUGCUCUCCUGAAGUUCCUGCUUCUACGUUCAUGCGAACCCUACUGUGGAUUUAUUAGAUCGUGGAUUUUGGAAGGUAGCAUUACUGAUCCUUUUAAAGAGUUCAUCGUGGAAAAUGUGAAAGAGCAACCUGAUCAUGAGCCGGGUAACAUUGGAAUCUCUAAUGACUUCCCAUUAGCAAGUGUUAGGGUGAGAGAGGGAGUUUUACCUUCAUUUUUGGAGGAGUGUUUGCUUCCCCUUUUCCGAGCAGGUUACUUUGGAGUCAUGUCAACAGCUUCAAAUAAUAAUGAAGUUACUUGAGUUCUGUAAUACUUUUGGACCAUUUAAUGGUAUUCAUGAAGAGUUCCUUCCUGGAAUCCAUGGAUUUUCAAGUGAAUUCCCAAGCUUCAGAUCUUCCUUGUUAUUUGAGAAAGGAGCUAUUGAGACAAUGGUAGUUUCAAGAAACAGUUAUUACCAAAGGAUGCUGGAGAAAAUUGACAACGUUUUCACUAAAUCAGAAUUCAGAUUUCGGGAGAUAUCUCUGCAAGGCAUGCAACUUAGAUAUGCAAACCAUACCAGGAAUUUGGACUUUCCUGUGGUGCUUUCAACUAGUGACAAUUUGGAUGAAUAUUCAAUUGAUACCGGAGACCAAACUUUGUAAGUGUGCGCGUUUAUAUGCUUCAUUGCAUGUCCCAUGUGCUUGUCAUUUUUUCCUCCAUGCAAAACUGUCUGCAAUCUGAUUUUUUGGUUAUUGUUUAUCUACUAUGUAUCCAUCAUUUUUCUCUACAGCUUUUGUGCUGUGACUAUAGGGAGCAAAAAUUGCAUGAUUUGAAAUAUGGAAUUCUGAAGAAAUAAAUAAAUAAUAUACUCUUC